GCCAACAUCAUCUGUAAUGUAUUAUUAGCUUUUGCUGGGAUAAAAAAUAUAUUUGAUUAAAAAGAAGUAGAAGCAGAGCUUUUCUCUUUGAGAUAGCAAUGGAUAACUGGAAGAUCCAGCUGGUUAUUGUGACUUUUUGUGCUUUGGUGCAAACCUAUCAGAGAUUCUCGUGCAGUGCAGAAGAGCAGAGAGGACUUCUGAAAGAGUGGAAGGAUGAAUCACUGCAGACAAGCCUGACCAGCCCAAUGUCCAGUGUAAUAAAAAGAUCCAAAGCCCUUCGAUUCUACGGACUCAUGGGGAAACGCUCAGAUGCAAAAAAACCCUACCAAGUAAAAAGACGAAAUAAAGGAGAAAUGUUUGUGGGCCUGAUGGGAAGAAGCAUUUCCAGUGGUGAAUCUCUACCCAAAGUAAAUCGUUCUGCAAAGACCACUGCGAUCCAUGAUUCAGAGAACCCAUACAAGCAAGGUUCAGCAAAGGAAUGGAUCAGAAUCCUGUAUUGA